AUGAAAACUACAAACACAAUGUUCCAAGAUGCUACAUUUAUUCCAAAUCAAUCUUUUAUCAUCGGCGUUGAUAGAUCCAAUCGUAAUUUAUGGGGAGAUUUAUAUGAUAAUGUGGUUUCCAUUUAUUUACAUCUCGUAAAAGACAGAGAAUACACACAAAAUGAAAGAAUAUUUACAACAUUAAAAUUCGAAUACCCGCCAAUGCUUUCAUAUCUUUUAUCAAACGUUGAUAUCGAACGACUCCAAGAACCCCACUGUUUUGAAAGUUUUUCUUUCGGAAUAGAUAAAAUUGCAAUCGGAAGUGAAUCAUAUUAUUACAACUAUGAUAUAAAGCCAAACCAAACAAUAAAUCUUCGAAAUAUACUACUCUCUCAGCUAGAUAUUAAAAAAUCCAACGAGAAAAAAGUUAUUAUUCACCAAAACACAGGAACCGGCGUAAUCCGAAAUAUAAAUGAUGUUGUAGAUGUAAUCAAGAAAUUGUUCCCAGAUUAUAACAUUUCUAUAAUAGAAUUAAAUAAAUUAUCGAAAAUUGAGCAGAUUAGAGAAGUAUCUCAAGCAGAUGUAUUAAUAGGACCUACUUCUCCUGCAUUAUCCAGCCUUGUUUUCAUGAAACCAUCAUCAAUUUUGAUUGAAAUCAAUCCAUAUAAAUAUUCCUGCCUCAAUUGGUAUCAAACUGCUGCCAAAGGUGCAGGAUUGAAGUUUAUUAAAUAUGUUGCUUCUCUUGAGAGCGAAUUUAUCAGUACAGACAACCAAAUUUUGAAAGAUUGCUGGGAUGGCAUUGUCGAGUGCCAAUCAAUCAUAUGUACUAAUCUAUUUAGUAUGCAGAACAUCAUAGUUGAUUCCACAAACUUUGAAAAUGUUUUAAGAAAGGAACUUAAUCAAUUAUAA